AUGGACCUGGGCGUCCAGAGCCACAAGCAGUACGACGCCGAGGAGCAGAAGAAGGCGCGGCGGCCUGCCCCGACGGGUCUGUUUGCGCCACUGGUCGUUGGUGCGAAGCGCGUGAUGGGCGAGAAGGAGCUGAAUGCGCUGCGAGCCGACGUGAUUGUCAAGCACAGCAAGGUGAUCGGCGCCUUUGUCGAUACCUCCGAGAGCCGGUUUGGCCAGCUCGUGCUCCGGCAGAUGUUUGAGGCGGCGGACAAGGACGGCAACGGCACGCUCGACCGGCGGGAGGUCCGCGACGCGCUGCACGCGCUCGGUUUCACCUUCAUCGAGGACAAGCAGCUCGACAAGAUCUUUUCGCGCGCCGACGAGAACGACGACCUCGUCAUCGAUUUUGAGGAAUUCAUCAAAGAGACUCCAAAGACCCUACGAACCUCGCUCACCAACGGCCAUGACUUGGGGUUUCUCGCUUAGCCGCCUCCGCUUGGACACGGUGCUUGCGAAUUCUGCUGUCAUUCGUCUGCCACAUGCUGUGUCUCUGCGUGUAUGGGAGGAGGAGUUCUGUGCGCUGGCGCGUGUAGAGGCGCCCCGCAGGACUGGACAUGAGCCGCCGGGAGCGCGGGAGCAGCCGCGCACGGCGGCGUGCGCGGCGCCGCGCUUUACGACCGGUCCGUGUGUGGCCGUGCCGCAUGGCGUCUCUCGUCCGAUCGUCGCUUGCCUAUCUCGUGCCAUGACCCAUGUCAUGUGUGUGUAUUAGCUAAUACGUAUACGAGGUGUGCGCCCAUGUGCCACAUGACGCUGUCAUUAGUUUACCCUCCGGGUGUACACCCGGCUCUAGCUUCGAAAGAAAUAGGCUUGUUAUUGU